AUGGCGACCGAAGAUGAAGCGAGAGAAGCAGCAGAUGGGACGGAAGUCCAAGUGGAAGCUGUGGAUUUAGGAACAGUCCAUUUGCAAGCACACCCAGAAGGCAAGCUUUCAUCUCUGAUGGAGAUCAAGAGCAUGGGAGAAACCAUCGAUUCAACUGAAGGAACGUUGAAGAUUCCAGAGGAUCAAGUUUUUGUAGAAGCACCCUCUGAUGUCCAACUUCCUCCAGAACAUAAUCUAAAUGGCGAAGCAUCUUCUGUGAAUGGCCAUACAGACAAAGAAGAGAAGAUUUCAAAUGAGCAGCCGCAUGACAACGACCAGGAAGAAGCAGAACUAGAUCAGAGCAACAGAAUCAACAAAGAAGAUGUGACUGAUGGUUUAAGCCAUGGGGAGAGCACAACAGAAGACAGCUGCCUUCUGAAGCACAAGAAAGAUGAAGAACCCAAGGGUGAUGACCAACAAGAUUUAGGUGUUACAGUGGAUGAUGACUCGGUGCAGGAAGACACGCUGAAAACUGACAAUGCUAUUGAGCAAACAGAUGAUGGUCAGCAAGACCAAAAUCAAGAACCAGCAAAGGCAAAUGAGAACACAGAACCUGCAAGCAUCACAAACAAUGCCGAUGUUGACAAUGCUAUUGAGCAAAUAGAUGAUGGUCAGCAAGAUCAAAAUCAAGAACCAGAAAAGGCAAACGAGAACACAGAACCUGCAAGCAUCGCAAACAAUGCUGAUGUUGAGAUUGUAACUGAGGCACCUACUGGACUCCAAGCUCCUGUGGAGAAAUGUAUGAAUGAUUCUGAUGGCAUUCCGGAGACUAUUGAUGAAAAGACAGAAACAGAUGAACCAGCUAAGGCAGAUGGUGUUGUUCAUCCUGAAGAGGUGGCAAAAGUAGAAGAUCAACAGAGUCAGCAAGCUGAUACGAUGGAUGCAGAAGUGGCCCUGGAAGAGAUUAAAUGUGAAGAAACUGAUCAGCAGGAAGAGAGGCCUAAAUCUGAAGCUCAUGAGCCAACAAUUGAUGCUCAAGGAGUGUUGAAUCAAGAAUCUGCUGAAGAAAUUGAUGACCCGAUGAAUGAAAAGAUUGAAGAAACUGUGCACCAGAGGAAAGUGGCAGCUCCAAAGGAGACAACACUAGAACCUGAAGCAACAAUGAGUGCUCCACCAGUAAAUACUCAAGUGCAGAACCAGGAAUCAUUAGAAGAAAUAGAAGAUACUGAAGCAGAAAUCCAUCCAAGCAGUGGUUUUGGGGAUGCAAUUCCAGAAGAUCAAUCUAAUUUAGGUGUUACAAUAGACAAUGACACUGUGAAUGAGGACACAAUGAGAGCUAUUGAGCAGCAGGAUGAUGGUCAGCAAGAUGAGGAUCUAGAACUAGAAAAGGCAACUGAGCAUACACAAUCUGCAAGCAUGACAAACAUUCCCCAUGCCGAGAUUGUAACUGAAGCACCUUCUGGAGUCCAAACUCCUGGGGAGCCGAAUCUGGACAACUCUGAUGCUGUUCCAGAUACUAUUGAUGGAAACACAGAAACAGAUGAGCCAGCUAAAGCACACGCUGUUGUACAUCCUGACCAGAAAGAGAGCUUUCCAGAAGAUACAUCUACUGCAGAACCUACAAAAGAGGUGGUCAAAGCAGAAGAUCAACACAGCCAGCAAGCUGAUACGAUGGAUGCAAACAUGGUGCAGGAAGAGGAGCCUAAAUCUGAACACGCUGAUAAGCCAGCAACGGAUGCUCUUGAAGUGCUGAAUCAAGAAUCUGCUGAAGAAAUUGAUGGCCCAGUGAAUACUGAAGAAACAGCCCACCAGGAAACAACACCAGAAUAUGACACUACAACAAGGGAGCCACCUGUAGAUAUUCACGUGCAGAACCAGGAAUCAUUAGAAGAAAGAGAAGCUACAGUAGAAGAAAGAGAAGUUGCUGAAGCAGUUGAUACUGAAGCACCAGUGCAACAAAGCAGUGUUGCUUUUGAGGAGGCAGUUCCAGAAGAUCAACAUAAUUUAGGUGUUACAAAUAACACAGUGCAGGAAGACACACUGGAAGCUACUGGGCAAACAAAAGAUGGUCGGCAAUACCAGGAUCUAGGACCAGAAAAUGCAACUGACGACACACAACCUGCAACCACGGCAAACAUUCCUGAUGUUGAAGUUAUAACCGAAGCACCUUCUGGAAUUCAAAUUACUGCGGAGAUCAAUCUGGACAUCUCUGAUUCCAUUCCAGAUACCACCGAUGGAAACACAGAAACAGAUGAGCUAUCUAAAGCACAAGAUUUUGUUCAUCCGGACAAGAAAGAGAGCUUUCCAGAAGAUACAUCUACCACAGAACCUACAGAAGAGGUUGUCAGAUUAGAAGAUAAACAGAGCCAGCAAGCUGAUGCAAUGGAUGCAGACGUGGUGCAGGAAGUGGUGCCUAAAUCUGAACACACUGAUGAGCCAGCAACUGAUGCUCUUGAAGUGCUGAAUCAAGAAUCUGCUGAAGAAACUGAUGUCCCAGUGAAUCAAAAGACUGAAGAAACAGCCCACCAGAGCAACAUGCCAGCAUCUGAGGAGACAAGGCCACAAUCUGACGCGACAACAAGGGAGCCACCUGUAGAUAUUCACGUGCAGAACCAGGAAUCAUUAGAAGAAAGAGAAGCUACAGUAGAAGAAAGAGAAGUUGCUGAAGCAGUUGAUACUGAAGCACCAGUGCAACAAAGCAGUGUUGCUUUUGAGGAGGCAGUUCCAGAAGAUCAACAUAAUUUAGGUGUUACAAAUAACACAGUGCAGGAAGACACACUGGAAGCUACUGGGCAAACAAAAGAUGGUCAGCAAUACCAGGAUCUAGGACCAGAAAAUGCAACUGAGGACACACAACCUGCAACCACGGCAAACAUUCCUGAUGUUGAAGUUAUAACCGAAGCACCUUCUGGAAUUCAAAUUACUGCGGAGAUCAAUCUGGACAUCUCUGAUUCCAUUCCAGAUACCACCGAUGGAAACACAGAAACAGAUGAGCUAUCUAAAGCACAAGAUUUUGUUCAUCCGGACAAGAAAGAGAGCUUUCCAGAAGAUACAUCUACCACAGAACCUACAGAAGAGGUUGUCAGAUUAGAAGAUCAACAGUUGCAGGAAGUGGUGCCUAAAUCUGAACACACUGAUGAGCCAGCAACUGAUGCUCUUGAAGUGCUGAAUCAAGAAUCUGCUGAAGAAACUGAUGUCCCAGUGAAUCAAAAGACUGAAGAAACAGCCCACCAGAGCAACAUGCCAGCAUCUGAGGAGACAAGGCCACAAUCUGACGCGACAACAAGGGAGCCACCUGUAGAUAUUCACGUGCAGAACCAGGAAUCAUUAGAAGAAAGAGAAGCUACAGUAGAAGAAAGAGAAGUUGCUGAAGCAGUUGAUACUGAAGCACCAGUGCAACAAAGCAGUGUUGCUUUUGAGGAGGCAGUUCCAGAAGAUCAACAUAAUUUAGGUGUUACAAAUAACACAGUGCAGGAAGACACACUGGAAGCUACUGGGCAAACAAAAGAUGGUCAGCAAUACCAGGAUCUAGGACCAGAAAAUGCAACUGAGGACACACAAUCUGCAACCACGGCAAACAUUCCUGAUGUUGAAGUUAUAACCGAAGCACCUUCUGGAAUUCAAAUUACUGCGGAGAUCAAUCUGGACAUCUCUGAUUACAUUCCAGAUACCACUGAUGGAAACACAGAAACAGAUGAGCUAUCUAAAGCACAAGAUUUUGUUCAUCCGGACAAGGAAGAGAGCUUUCCAGAAGAUACAUCUACCACAGAACCUACAGAAGAGGUUGUCAGAUUAGAAGAUCAACAGAGCCAGCAAGCUGAUGCAAUGGAUGCAGACGUGGUGCAGGAAGUGAUGCCUAAAUCUGAACACACUGAUGAGCCAGCAACUGAUGCUCUUGAAGUGCUGAAUCAAGAAUCUGCUGAAGAAACUGAUGUCCCAGUGAAUCAAAAGACUGAAGAAACAGCCCACCAGAGCAAUAUGCCAGUAUCUGAGGAGACAACGCCAGAAUAUGACGCGACAAGGGAGCCACCUGUAACUAUUCAAGUGCAGAACCAAGAAUCAUUGGAAGAAAGAGAAGCUACUAUAGAAGAAAGAGAAGUUGCUGAAGCAGUUGAUACUGAAGCAACAGUGCAACAAAGCAGUGCUGUUUUAGAGGAGGCAGUUCCUGAAGAUAAACAUAAUUUAGGUGCUACAAAUAACACGGUGCAGGAAUACACACAGGAAGCUAUUGGGCAAACAAAAGAUGGUCAGCAAUACCAGGAUCUAGGACCAGAAAAUGCAACCGAGAACACACAACCUGCAAGCAUGGCAAACAUUCCUGAUGAGGUUAUAACCGAAGCAUCUUCUGGAGUACAAACUCCUGUGGAGAUCAAUCGGGACAUCUCUGAUGCCAUUCCAGAUACUACUGAUGGAAACACAGAAACAGAUGAAUUAGUUAAAGCUGAUGGUGCUAUCCAUCCUGACCACAAAGAGAGCUUUUUAGAAGACACAUGUAUUGCAGAACCUACAGAAGAGGUGAUAAAAGUAGAAGAGCAACUUGGUCAGCAAGCUGAUGCGAUAGAUGCAGAUGUGUUGCAGGAAGAGGCGCCUAAAUCUGAACACGCUGAUGAGCCAGGGGUCGAUGCUCAAGAAGUGCUGAACCAAGAAUCUACUGAAGAAACUGACGGCCUGGUGAAUGUAAAGACUGAAGAAACUGAGCACAAGAGCAACAUGGUGGUCCCUGAGGACACAAUGCCAGAACAUGAUGCACACAUGAGGGAGCCAUCUGUAAAUAUUCAAGAACAAAGCCAGGAAUCAGUAGGAGAUGCUGAAGCAGUCGAUACUGAAGCAGAGAUGCAACAAAGCAGUGUUGCUUUUGAGGAGACAACUCCAGAAAACCAUGUAGCAACCACAGAGCCAUGUUCUGAAAUCCAACAUGCACAUCCUGUGGAACCAGAGGAAAUCAAUGUCCCUGGAGAUGGCAAAGAUGAUGAGAUCACCAACAUGAGCAAUACUGAAAAUCUAGUUCAAGAUAAUAUUCUGCAGAGUGGGCCAACAAUAGAUACACAACCAGUUCAGGAGUUGGAACAAAAUAAAACGGAUGAAGCUUCUAACCAGAAUCAUGCUGCUGUCUUCAAUGACCUAGCUCAGGAAGAUGCUACAGCAACAAGUGAGCCACAAGUGAUUGAAACAGAAGAACUAAAGGACAUUGAAGCAACUGAAGCUGAAGAAAUCACCAAACUCGACCAUGUUACUCCUUCCAAGGAACUUGCAGUAGAAAAUGAUUCAACAGCAGAUGAACCAGAUAAUGGUGAAAUCCAUCAAACCCUUGAACGAGAUUUGGUUGAAGUUAAGGACACUGAAACUUACCAUGAAAAAACUAUAUCUACUUCAGAGGACACAGUGGAAGAUAAUGUAGCAGCAGAUGAGCCAAGUUGUGGUAGUCAAGAAGUAGAUAAUGCAGAAUCAACAGAAGAAACUAAGCAAAACAUAGCUGAGAAUACUGCAGAAGUCUCUGAUGUGGUGAUUGUUGAUGAGGCAAUUGAACAGAAUGUACUACAGACUGAGGAUAUCACUGAAACGCAUAAACAGGAGCUAGAACCAGAAGAAACGAAGAGCACAGAACCUGUUGAAUCAGAGGAAGCUUCUGAUCAGAGGAAUGCUGCACAAUUCGAUUAUUCAGCUCAAGAAGAUAAUAUACAGGAAAGUGAGAUGCGGCAGACAGAGUCAGCAACAGAAAUAAAGGAAAUUGAAACCACUGAAGUUGAAGCAGUUCCCCGAGAAAGCAACACCUGUGUUUCAGAGGAGCCUUCUCAAGAAGAUCAUAUAAAAGAAAGUGAAACAAGUUGUGACAAUCAAGAAGUAAACAUCACAGAAUCUUCAGAAGUAAUUGAUGGUCACAAAGAUAUCAUAACUGGAGGGAUCUCUGACCAAAGCAACACAGCUUCUGCUGGGGGUUCAGCUGAAGAAAGCAAUGUCCCUGAAGGCGAGCCACCUGCUGAUAUACAGGCUGUGCAGGAUCUGGGAUCAGAGGAGAUAAACAACACUCAAAUUGACGAAGUGAAUGAAAAAUCCCUUGAAAUGAAUGCUACUGUCUUUCAGAUGCCAACUCAAGAAGAAAAUCCAGCCACAACCGAAUUGCAUGAAUCAACAGAGGUGAGCAACAUUGAAGCCACAGAAGUGCACGGAAACCCCCACCAAAGUGAUGCUGCUCCUCAGUCAGAAUCAACAGAACCAAGUUCUGACACUCAAGCAGACAAUUCACAGUUAGCAGAAGAAACUGAGGACACAGAAAAUGUGAAAAGCAAUACUGCUCUUGCCGAGGCAGCAGCUCCAGAAACAGAUGCAACUGCUGAUACAUCAUCUUUCCACGAGGCAGAUCUAGAAGAGACCAAGGACACAGGAACAAUUGAAACAGAGGAUGUUAUGACAUCAAGUGACUAUACAUCAGAAAAGAUCCUGGAAACCAUGGAGACUGAAGCAGUCCCUCAUGAGAGUAAUUUUGCAGAUAUAAAGGAGCACACUGAAGACGAUACUUCAACACCAAAUGCCCCACAUACUGGUAGUGAACCUGUUCGUGAACUAGAAUCAGUUGAAGACAGCACUGACACAACGGAACAUCCAGGAGAGACCCAUGGUUCUACUUCUGAUGAUCAUACUCCAACAGAAGAAAAUACAGCAGUAACAGAGCCAUCUUUUAACACACAAGAAGUGCAGAAUCUGACAUCUCAAGAAAUCAAGGACAUUGAAGAUGACAAAACUGAUGAAUUCUCAGAUAUCAGUAGCUUUCCUACUCCUGGAGAGGCAGAUCAAGUACCAAGAAUUGAACCAACUCCUGAUGUCCAAGAAGUGCAAGAACUGGGUUUAACAGAAGAAACAAGAGACAUUGAAGCCGUGGAACCUGAAGAUCAGCAAGAACACAUAGUUUCUACCCUUGAGAAGCCAGCAGUAGAUGGUGAGCCAAAUGCUGAUGCUCAGCAGGUUCAUGAGGACAAACUACCAGAAGUGGAAGACAAUAAAGCAAUUGAAGCUGAUGAAGCCUCCAAGCAAAGUAAUAUUGCCACUCUUGAUAAUGCAGCUGAAGAAAGGAAUGAACUGGAAAGUGAUCCAGAUUCAUAUGCCCAGCCAGCAGAACAGGUAGAAUUAUCCAAAGACAAUGAGAACAGCAAGCUUGUAAAGGCAGAAGAAACCUCAGACCAAAGCCGCACUGUCGCCCUUGAAGAAAGAACUACAGAAGAUUCUGUUGCAAGCGAAAUUGACCCACCUGUAGACAUUAAACAAGAGCAACCACUGGAAGAAAUCAAGGGUGUCGAUACCACUGAAGCUGAAGAAGACUUUCAUACAAGCCAAGCUGAUGCAAUAGAGAAACUAGCUUCAGACAAUAAUAUAGCAACAAUAGAACCGACUUAUGAUAUUCAGCAAGUGGAUGACUUGGAAGCAACGGAGGUAAAGCAGAACGCUGAAGCCAUUAAUGAUGGAGAACAAUCCAAUAUUGCUGUUUCAGAGGAACCAACUCCAACAGAUAAUGGAGCAACACCAGAAGAUCAACAUGUAGACUCAAAUAAAAGAAUGAUGGGGAAUGAAACUGACAAUGUUAUUUUGGCACACGGAAUCAAAGAUGAAAUACAGAAGUCAGCAGAACUAAAGGACGAUCCAUGUGAUUUGGGCGAAACUAUUUUCACAACUCAGAGAAGUGAGAACUUGAUUGAUGAAGAUGCUGUUCAAACUUCUGUCAGUGAUACAGUAGAGACUUCAAACAAUAUCCAUCAAGUCAAAGAAGAGCCAAAUGCUGGAACUGAACAUAAUUCAAGCCAAAUGGCAAGUGAGCGUAAUGGAGAGAAUGCAACUCAUGUUCAAGAUAGAGAUGUAGACGUGCAAAUUCUCACAGAAAGUGGCACUGCAGAAGCAUCGCAGGCUUUAUUUGAAAAUGAUCCUCAGGCAGCACAAGAUACUACAGAAAAAGAUGAUACAACAAAAGGUAGUGAGCAAACCAUUGAUCACGAUAGCAGGCAACAUUGUGAUGUAGCACUUCAACAACAAAGUUGUGAGACAGAUGCCUUAUCCAUUUUGGAACAAGAUGAGGCUCUGCAGAAGAUUCACUCAGAUCAAAAGCAGAAAGAAGAUGAGGAGAUUAAAAGUCAGAAUGAUGAACUUCAGGUAGAUGAACAGAAACAUGAAGACAAUAGGGAUGAUUUAACCACAGAACCACUAGUGGAGUACCAGAAUUUCGAAAAUGGAGCUACAAACAAGACAAAAGACAAUGAUGCAUUCGAGGCUGAUCAAACAGAGGCAGCCAUUAGUGUGAUUCUCAAGAAUGAAGCCCUACAUAUAUCCAAGGAAUCCACCCCAAGCAUUAUGGAUAUGAAGGUUGAAAACAUUAAGGAAACAAGUGAAGGAACUGAAGAAGAUGAUGAUGCCAAAAAUGAUAACAAAGAUGAGCAGGAGAAUGCAGAAAACGAUGAUGUAGUAGCAAAAACUUCUACUAAUGAACAAGCCGAAACAACUGAUGAAAUUAGAAAAGAAGAGAUUGAACCUGGUUUGAUAUCAUCUGUUCAAGAAGCAUCUGACCCAGCUCCUUCAAAAGACAAAAUACUAGAGAAUGAUCCUGUUCACGUCAUUCAAGCAUCAGAGAAAGAGAUUGCAGAUGAAACAGAAGAAUGUAAAGAAAUACAUGAAGACAAUGCUAUUUGUCAUGAUGAAUUACAGACAAAUUCUGAAAAGGAAGAGUCACCUCAACUGCGUUCCAAUGAACCAUGCAAUGUGGAUGCUAUUGAUGAUACAACGCCUCUAUGCGAAGAAAUAAUCCAUGACAAUGCAAGUAUAAAGCCUAGAGAAACCGAAGAGAUAGGAGAAAACAAGGGACUCGACUCCACUUCUGAACCUUCUGUAGAAUCAACCAUACAGAACAAUGUUGAGGACUCAAGCAGUCAUCACGAGGUUGAAGACAAAAAGCUUUCAAUGUCUGAGAAAAAUGAUGUAGAUACUGAAGCUAUGCAAGAAAAAAAUGAUGAAUCUGCCGCAGAUAUAAACCAAACAGAACAAUGUCAAGAAGAAAUUAAUGUAGAUGAUGUUCUGCAACUUGACACAGAAGAAAAUUCAUUUGACAAGAUUGAAGAAACUGCUUCACAUGAGGAAACAGAGACAAGCAGUACAGCAGCCACUGAAGCAGUAACGAUCAAUGAUGAUAUUACUGAUAAGGUUAGCAAAGCUGAUGGAGCACCAUCUGACGAAAGUCUCAAGACCUUUACUGACACUGGAAGGGAUCUUGAUGUUUCAUUGGUAAUUACAACAUCAAAGGAAGAAAGUGUGAACGACAAUAUGGAAAACCUCAAUCUUGACCUUCCUGGACAUCCGGCACAGGAUGACAACACCCCUGAAAAGGUGCUCAGCUUAGAAGAAACAGAAAGAGAGAUGCCUUCGUCAGAGAAGCUCCUUCAAACUGAACCAGGAGAGAAUCAAAUUCCCAAUGAACAGGAUGAAAAGGACAUACAAGAUGAGAAUCAAACUCCAAAAGAAAAGAAUGAAGAGGACGUGCAAGAUACAGAAUUUGGAGAGGCUAAGAAAGUAGUUGAACAAGAAUUACCUGUCUCCCAUUUUCUGAUGAAUCUAAUAUUGGGAAAACAGAGCAGUGAUGCAAAUGAAGAUUCAGAAUCUGAGGGUGCAAGGAAGCAAGGUGAAGCGACAGAAGAUGGCAGCUGCGUGUUCAUUUCUAAACAAGAAGAAAAUCUGGGAUCACUUCCUACAGAAAAUAAGGUGGAUGACAAUCUCACCUUUGUUGAACAAGAAAAACAUGAAGUUAAAUGCCCUGAAGAAACACAGGAAAUAGUCAAAGAACAAAGUGAUGAUCUUAAGCUGGACACAGAAAGAUCAAUUAAAACUGAUGAGGAUAUCAAAAAGAACACUCAUGAUUUGGAAAUACCAGCAUACCAAGACAAUCCCCAGGAUGAAAUUUCUGGUGAAUUGCUGACAGGAGAAGUAGCUGGUGUUUCUACAAAAAUGGAAACUAGAGAUAUUGAUAUUUCGAGUGUUGAGCUGGAUGACAGAGCAGUUGGUACUGUGUGUCAGGAAAACAUGGAGGCAUCAACAAAAAAUGAAAAUGGAAGUUUGAGGAGCAGCCUGAAUGACUCAACAAACACAAAGGCUCCCAAAGAGGAUACUCUAGGAGAAGGACAAACAGGACUUGUGCUUGAAUCUUUACCUGAAGACAAAAGUGUUGAUGCAGUGUCUGAGCAAGCACCUUUGUUGACAGAAUCAGGAAUGACUGAUGCAAAUGACUUGUCUAGCGAUACUGCAAGUGUUCAGAACCCUGUGUCUGCAAAACAAGACAAACCCACUGAAUCUGCCAACGUUGAGGCCACAUGUUCGACUGAUAUUCAACUGGAGAAUGAAGAAGUAGAUAAGAAAGAAGAGGAGCAGCAUGCAAACACAGCCACAGAUGAAGUUUCUGAAGAGAAUGUAGAAAGUUCACAUGUAAAUCUGCAGAAAAUCACAAGCUCCGAAGUAACAUCUAAUGAGCUAGCAACUCAAAUUACCGAACCAGUUUGUGACACUCAGACAAUUUUGGCUCGUGAAAAGGAAAUAUCUGAAGAAAACUUUCCAACAGCAGUCGAAAUUCAGGCUGAUGGUCCAAACUUGCAGAUCAACCAAGAUAAGCAAGAUGAAGCUGCUGACAACGAAUCUACAAUGGAGCCAGAAAAAGUAGGGGAAUCUAAUUUUCAGGAACACCAGGAAAUUGGUACUGAGCAAAAGUCUCCUGAAGAGACUGAUGAAGGAGACCAGCAACUUUUGGCCAAGAAAGAGAUUCUGACCCAAGAACAGGAUGUGCAUGAGACAGUCGAAAGCCCUCAGCAAACAGUGAGCAUAAAAUCCAAUGAAGACGGGGAGCUGUUUGAUCCAAAGGUCCAGGAACGUGAUCUCAAUGUAAUUUCACCCAGAGAAGCUUCUGAGGCUGAAGAAAAUUUUGUGGACGUAAGCAAGCUCUGGCUGAUGCAGAGUUCAAAGGCUGAUGCAGAACAGAGUCCAAAGGCUGAUGCAGAAGAGAAGAUUUAUGACGAGAAGAUAAAGGACAUAGAGGGAACUAAGAAUUUCACUGAUGAAGCGGCAAUGAAAACUGAAGCACCAGGAGCAGCCCAGAAGGCACUUAAAAAACAUGGCCUAUUGUCUGGUGUGGGAUCAAAGAAGCAAUUUGUGGUCAUGAUGCAGCAUAUUCUUCACUUUACUCAACAAAGGUGA